CCUCCAUGCAAACAUGGUACCAGUACAGUGUUUACCUCUAGUCUUGUGUUUAGGUUCAUUGAUAAAACUGAUUGUUUGUUCAACUGAGGAGAAGACAACUGUAAUAAACACAAGUUUUGGUCCCAUUGAGGGACAACAGUUCCUGUCUGAAUGGUCAAAACAGAUAGUUUAUUCCUUUAAAGGAAUUCCGUAUGCAAGCGCACCAGUGGGAGACCUACGAUUCAAGGACCCAGUCCCACCUAAAAAAUGGACUCAAGUCAGGGACUGCACAAUUCAUGGACCGAUUUGCCCCCAGAUCUUAGCGAUGUCUAACAGUGAGACAAAUUUGAUGGAUGAAGACUGUUUAUACUUAAAUGUAUACUCCCCACAGUUGCCUUCGCAAGAACGUAAACCUGCUUUGCCAGUGAUUCUAUGGAUCCACGGAGGAGGAUUUUAUAAAUGGUCCGGCAACUAUGAUGCUUACGGCCCGGAUUUGCUGAUUGCUGAAAAGGUAGUCAUGGUUACCCUCAACUACAGGUUAGGAGCUUUAGGGUUUCUCAACAUGGAUGUACAAGAUGCUCCAGGCAACGCAGGUUUGAAGGACCAGAGACUUGCAUUGUUGUGGAUCCAGUCAGAGAUACACAACUUUGGUGGUGAUCCACAUCAAGUCACCAUCUUUGGGGAGAGUGCUGGCGCCAUCUCUGCUCAUUUACACUACAUCUCCCCAAUCUCUUCUGGGUUGUUCCACAGAAUCAUAGGAGACAGUGGGUCGCCUUUAGCUUACAGAGUAAGAGAAGAUAACAGACAUUACGCAGAGGAGCUGGCAAAGCUGCUGAACUGUCCUCACGAGAACACGUCAAAGGUUCUCUCCUGCCUGAGAACUGCUCCGUAUGAGGACAUAGUCAGAGCACAGGGUCUCGUUAAGGCUCCUCAGGAUUCUAAGACAGGACUAAAUGUUUGGACUCCUACCAUUGAUAAGACAAGUCCAUCGCCUCUCCUGCCCGAAUUUCCUUAUAAGUUGUUGAAACAGAAAAAAGACUUUUUUGUACCAGUCCUCAUGGGAAUAAAUGAUGGCGAAGGAAUAGAUAGGUUCUCCAAUCAAAAUGAAGAAACCAUCAAGAAUAUUAUCAAUGAUUUGGAAUACUUAUAUGCCUUGCAAGUUCCAGAAGCAAAACUCUGCCCAUCAGAACUAAAAGCGGAAAAACUAAGGCAGUUUUAUUUUAAAGAUGCUUCACCUUCAGAGGUACAUGCUCGAGGAUAUGUUGAUAUAUACACUGACGUUCUUUAUGCUUAUGGGAGUGUGGUCAAUGCCAGAGAAUACCAAACUAGAUCAUCGGUGUUCGUGUAUUAUUUUACAUUUAGUGGACGUUUCAAAAAUGAAUUUAUUGAACAGAUUCAGAGAAAGUAUGACAUUUCAGGAGUGAGUCAUACAGAAGAGCUGAAUUAUUUGUUUAUUAAUGAAGAUAACAGAAAAACUUUGGAAGAAAACUCCAAUGAAUAUAUCACUAGACGGAGAAUGGUAAAAAUGUGGACAAACUUUGCAAAACAUGGGACACCCACCAUAGGUCCUGACCCUCUUCUACAGAAUGUCCAUUGGCUGCCUGCCAAGAAGGGAGGAACCAAUCAUCUCCAGAUUGAUGUCAACCUAACAAUGAUAUCUGAAGACCUCCUGCCACAUCGGGCAGCGUUAUGGGACGACAUUACUUUCAAUCAUUGUUCAAAUCAUUUUCAUGAUUUGUUGUAAAUGUGUAGCAUUUGGAUUAUGUUUAGUCUACGUUAACAUUUAUCUAAUUAAUGACUAGCUUGUUUCAAAAGAAGAUAUGUAACAUCUGUCUUUGAUUAAUAAA